UCGUUGAUAACUGGAGCUGGGGAUCUGCCCCGAUUCCUCUUUUUGCUUUCCUUUCUUCCCAAUGAGUUUGCUUACAUUUUAGCUUCCUGUGGUAUUUUAAACUCGCAUAAAAUGGCUGACGAUAGUCCACAUCGAGAGGACGAGCUGGUGGAGGAGGAAGAGGAGCUGGAUGAUACUGGGUACAAAUCGGUGAGGGAUGCCGUGCUGUUUGCAAUUGAUGUUAGCGACUCGAUGCUUCUACCUCGUUCAUCCCCCGACUCCAAGAAAUCCACCCAAGAGUCACCUACCACCGCUGCCCUGAAAUGCGCAUACCACCUGAUGCAGCAGCGCAUUAUCUCCAAUCCGCAUGAUAUGAUAGGAGUUCUACUGUAUGGAACAGAGUCGUCCAAGUUCUACAAUGAGGACGAAAAUAGCCGGGGCGACCUCUCCUACCCGAACUGCUACCUCUUGACGGAUCUGGAUAUUCCUUCCGCACAUGAAGUUCUGGAACUGCGCUCACUGGUCGAAGACGAAGAAAAAGCUAAAGAGGUGCUUGUGCCGUCUUCGGGGCCGGUAUCCAUGGCAAAUCUACUUUUCUGCGCGAAUCAGAUUUUCACGUCCAAAGCUCCCAAUUUCAUAUCCCGACGAUUAUUCAUAGUGACAGACAACGACAACCCUCAUGGGGACAACAAGUCUCUCCGAUCCGCAGCUACUGUUCGUGCGAAGGACUUGUAUGACCUGGGAGUGACCAUUGAGUUGUUUCCAAUUUCCCAACCGGAUCAUGAGUUCGACACCUCCAAGUUCUAUGACGAUAUCAUUUACAAGGCCUCUCCUACGGAUCCCGAGGCCCCCGCAUAUUUGAAACCGGACUCGAAAAGCUCCACCGCCACUGAAGAUGGAAUUUCGUUGCUUAAUGGUCUUUUAUCAAGCAUCAACUCCAGAUCUGUGCCCCGUCGCGCGCAUUUCUCAAAUAUGGGGCUGGAACUUGGCCCAAACCUGAAGAUUUCGGUCUCGGGAUAUCUCUUAUUCAAACGCCAGGAGCCAGCGAGGAGUUGUUUUGUGUGGCUUGGAGGUGAAAAACCGCAGAUCGCGAAGGGGGUUACUACUCAAAUCGCAGACGAUACAGCCAGAACGAUCGAAAAGGCGGAGAUCCGAAAGGCGUACAAAUUCGGUGGAGAUCAAGUUGCCUUCACACCAGAGGAGCAAAAGGGGCUAAGAGACUUUGGCGAACCAGUGAUUCGCAUCAUUGGAUUUAAACCUCUCUCGGCCCUCCCAUUUUGGGCCAACACUAAGCAUCCGUUGUUCAUCUACCCUUCCGAGGAAGACUAUGUCGGCUCCACGCGAGUUUUUUCUGCGCUGUACCAGAAGCUUCUGCGGGAUAAAAAAGUAGCCCUUGUUUGGUUCAUCGCACGCAAGACUGCAGGUCCGGUUCUUGGUGCCAUGAUGGCCGGCGAGGGGACGGUAGAUGAGAACGGGGUGCAGAAAUUCCCCCCGGGGAUGUGGAUUAUACCACUCCCCUUUGCCGACGAUAUCCGGCAGAACCCCGAAGCCACUUGUCAGGUUGCCCCAGAGCCGCUCAUUGACCAGAUGCGAACCAUCGUGCAACAGUUACAACUGCCCAAGGGUUGUUACGAGCCCCAAAAAUAUCCCAAUCCCUGUGAGUUUCCCAACAGAGUCCCUAAAUGGAAACGUAGACUUAUCUCGUUAGCCCUUCAAUGGCACUACCGUAUUCUUCAGGCGCUCGCUCUGGACGAGGACCUUCCCGAGAAACCCGAGGAUAAAACACUGCCAAAAUAUCGGCAAAUAGACAAGCGCGCCGGUGACUACGUAUUAUCCUGGGCCGAUGAAUUAGAGAAACAGUAUGCUAAGAUCCCUGCUGCUCCUCUCGGACCGAAGAGCACAUUGGCCAAACGCCCCGCCAAAGACCGAGCCGCCCCCGACAGCGCAGACCAAGCCGGGCGGGCCUCCAAGAAAGUCAAGGCAGAUGAAGGCCCGGAUGACAUCCGAGCUAUAGUCCAAGGCCACUACGAAAAGGGAACUUUGUCAAAGCUCACGGUAGUGGCUCUCAAGGAGUUUAUGAUCUCGCAUGGGCUCUCCUCUGCUGGGAAGAAGGCGGACCUUGUUGAACGGGUAGAAGAGUUUCUUGACGCGAAGUAGGUCCGUCCGGAUGGUCGAC